ACGGUCACUCAGGGUAAAAGGGGGAGAGAGGAAGAGAUCAGAGGGUGUCUGUGCAGCGGACGGUCCCUCGGUCCCGGUACAACGAUGCUACAAUGAGCAGCUUCUUAGACUACUCGGUGAUGAGCGGUGAAGGUGGCUCGUGCUCUGUCAGGGCUUUCCACUCGGACCACGGGAUUACAACUUUUCAGUCGUGCGCAGUGACUGUCAACAACUGCGGCGCGGAUGAGCGUUUCGUGGCGAGCAGGGCUUCCCCUGAUAUCAUCCCUCACCAGCCCGGGUCAUACCAAACUACAGCGAGCUCGCUGGGUCUCGCUUACGGGGCCCAUCCGGCCUGCAGCUCCAGCUAUGGACCCCAGAGUUUCUGCACUACUUACAACCAUUACGCGCUCAACCAGGAAGUAGACUCCACAGCAGGUUUCCCUCAGUGCGGCCCGCUCAUGUACUCGGGUAACAUUUCCUCCUCCAUGGUCUCUCAGCAUCGCCAAGGUUACAGUGCAGCACCCCUGGGCCAGCUGCAGUAUGCCCACGCUGCAUAUGGCGGCGGGCACGAGCAGGCAACCCCAUUUCCUGGGUGCUCGAACCCACUGUCACCUCUGCAUGCAGCUCACCUGGAGGCAUGCUGCUCACCUCUGUCUGAAGGAGCGUCAUCUGCGCAGACUUUCGACUGGAUGAAAGUCAAGAGGAACCCACCAAAGACAGGCAGGUCCGGGGAGUACGGCUAUGGUGGACAGCCUAACACGGUCAGGACAAACUUCACCACCAAGCAGCUCACAGAGCUGGAAAAGGAGUUCCACUUCAACAAGUACCUGACCCGAGCGCGGCGCGUGGAGAUUGCGGCCGCCCUGCAGCUAAAUGAGACUCAGGUGAAAAUCUGGUUCCAGAACCGCAGAAUGAAGCAAAAGAAGAGAGAGAAAGAAGGGCUGCUGCCGACAAAAGCUGCAUCCUCAGACCCGGGGGAGAGGAUUCUGGAUAAAAUGGACGAUGCAGAAUCAGAGAAGUCAAUCUCAGCCCCUUCUACUCCGUCUCCCACAUCCUCCACGGUCUCCUCCACAGGAGCUGAUCCUUACUCUUCCAACUAAACUGCCUCUACACCUCUUCGGGCCAAAAAGCGGCCUGUAUGUAUUAAAACUCAUACCCAGUGUACCAAAGCCAAAGUCAUGGUGGAAGGAGAAUAUUUGUGGACCUUUAUGGACUGUUUGAUUUUGGACAGUAAUGUGGACCAUUUAUGACUGAUAGAUUUGUUUUCUAUUGUGUUGUACUGAAAGAAGGAGUUCAUUGCAGCCCAAACAAAUGUAGGUCAUGGUUUAAAGUGUGUCCACGUGUAUCCUCCUCAGACCUGUCUCCUAUCAGUGCUGCUUCAUGUAAAGUCACAAGUCUGCACACACAAACAAAUACCUCAAAUGUGCCAAAGUUGUGCGUCAUGGCCAGGCUGAUUGCACUGGAUGUCCAUAAUUAGGCAUCCUACAAUCAACGAGAUGACCUCGUGUAUUAAUCCUUCUAAUGUGCAUCCUUAAAUCACUGUCACCUGUGAGUUUAGGGUCUGUGUGUCUGUUUGAAUGCCUGUGGUGUGAGAUUGCAUGAUGCGUAAUGCUUUCAUGUAUUAUUUGCUGGGCGCUGAGUUUUAUC